AUAAUACCUCCGUCCAGGUCACGAAGCGCCCCGACGUUUGUUUAUGGUUCCCGUAACAAUUAAACACAUUGACAAGUGAAUCCAGUCCGCAGCCCUCUAGAUAGACAGUGGUUAAUAAUCCCAUGUCUGAAUUAAAAGACAACAGUGCACAUAGUCCUAUUUGUUUCGUCGUAAUUCAUACUCGUGGUUUGUAAAGUUCCUUGCUACGUAGGUGCACUUGUGUUGCAUGUAACAAUGCAAUGGACACAAAUGAAGGCUCCCCGAUGAUUCAUGGAAAAGAGCAAUCUAAACGAUUUGAAAGAAGUGGGCCCUCUUCAGCUAGUAACCAGGGAAGAGGACUUUCUCCUAUGGAGUCCCUCAACACUUUUGAAUCCGAGAUGGAGACGGAUGGACAGGGACACUACUCUCUGUUCCCUGCGCUUGACCACAUCGCGACGCUGUCAGGCGCCUCAGAGACGCUCGAAAGCGAACCAUCCAGUGAUAUCAGUGAGAAGCCAAACCUAACAUGGCUUGAUGCUGCACAGAUGGUUUUGGAGGAAGCUGGGCGCCCUAUGCACAUCAAGGAGAUCAAGCAACGAAUCAUCGACAGGGGCCUUAUUCAAUCAAAGUAUAUUGCAAAGUCGAGUCUGGAGGCUGUGAUGUACCGUGAGACACAGAAGGGCAGCAGGAGAUUCAAGAGGAUUGAGAACAGAAAUGGAGUCUUUGCGCUGUUGGGUGAUGGGGAGCGGCAGCCGCCCUUCAGUGGCCCAUCGUUCCUGGGCUCUCCUCCCCAGACCACAGCCUCCAGCUCUGGCUCUGCCGCCUCGCUGCCUGCCUUCCCGUCUCCCACCAGCUCCACGGAGCCCAGGGUCAAGGGCCGAAGGGGCCCCCGGAAGAACCACAGCGAACGGUACCGCCUCAAGUACCUGAGGCUGCGCAGAGCGGCGCGCGCCAUGAUAUUCGAGAAUGCAGCGCUCUGUGAUGAAGUGGCUCAUCUCGAAGAGAAGUUCCUCAGAGCCAAGGAGGAGCGCAGGUUCUUGCUAAAAUCCCUGUUGCAGUACCAGUCUUUCACGGAGGCGGAGCUGUUGCCCACCCCAAACACAAGCUCCCAUCCACCUCUGCCACCCGCUUCAGCCUCCACCUCUGGGCCCCCGGGGGCUUCUGGUCUGGCUGGGGGUCAUAACCCUGCAACGGCUGGUUCCACAGGAGAAGACGGAGCUCAUAAGAAACCCAAGAAGGAGCGUAGGGAGCGAGGGAAAGAGAACGGAAAGGAGGAGGUUCCGAAGAGGAUGUCCAAAAAAAGGAAGGUGGCUGAUGGCUGUCGUAAGCUGGUCCAGCCCAUCGCUCUGGACGCGUCCGGGCGCCCCGUCUUCCCCAUCGCCCUGGGGGGUCUGACGGUCUACAGCCUCGGAGAGAUCAUCACAGACAGAAUGCUGUUCCAUGACCAGUGUGCCAUCUACCCGGUUGGCUUCUGCAGCACACGGGUCUUCGCUAGCAUGAAGAACCCGGAGCAGCAGUGCCUGUACACCUGCCAGAUCAAGGACUGUGGAGCGGGGCCCCAGUUUGAGAUCGUCCCAGAGGAGGAUCCUCAGAACGCCAUCGUGGCGUCCUCCGCCCUCAUGUGCCAUGCUAACCUGCUGAAGGCCAUCGCUGCUGUCAGGUCCAAGCCCAUGCUGCCCAUUGUGCCGUCCGGCGCAGACUUCUUCGGCUUCUCUCACCCAACCAUCCAGAACCUCAUUCAGAGCUGUCCUGGAGCACGCAAGUGCAGCAACUACCAGUGGGUACGGUUUGAGGUGUGUCGCCCCGGCGACGGACACGCCCCACAAAGCCUCUCGGAGGACGACGCCUCGGUCAAUUUUGAGGCCUAUCAGAGACAUCAGGGCUUCGACGACAGCGCAAAGACAGACCACCACGCUUCAGGACAGACACCGCAGUCUCCUGGGGCAUCACAUCUCCCUAACUACAGCACCAGGCCUUCCACUUCCUUCUUCAACUCCUGAGCCCGUCCCAACAUGGGGACUGGUUACAGGGCCCCUGAUGACAUUUAUCAAUGCCACUUCCAAAAGGAAACCGCCACGCCGUGAUCAUGUAAAUGGGAAGGAUUGUUGUUUACACUGUUUUCCCGCCUCGUGAGAGGGGAGAGGCUCCUUGUAGUGCAGGGAGCUGUUCCACUUCCAUAAUUAGCGUGGAUACAGGAUCUUGCUAAUGAGUUGGCCUUCGCUGCGUUCCCUCCCGCUUCAUCCAAGGCUCUGGACUCCAUGGAGCCAACAUGUUCUACAUGGGGCCUGUUUGUAUCCUGAAUAAAUAGCUUGUUAAUGAGGCAAUUGUAUUAACUGUCCUAUGAUAUAAAAUCAAAAACAAGGCUUGUGUAUUUUGUAGAAUUUCACACUUGGAAAGGGGUCAUUACCUUGAGAGACAGCAUGUUGGAUUCCAUUCAAAACAUUAUUAAAAUUGGUUUAAUUACA